AAUAAGAUACGGCUCCUCGGAUAUGAUGACGAUUUGGAUAUUAUAGGUGACUUGCUUACAGACACAGUUAACGCAGUCAGAGUGCUAGAAGAAGCAGUUAAGAGAAUGGGUCUUAAAAUAAAUAGUGAAAAGACAAAGAUAAUGGAACAUAAUGGAAAUAAAGAGGACCCCAACGAGAUGGAGGACCUAACCUAA